AUGAAACAAUAGAACAAAAUGUCCUCGCAGUUUCGACAGAAAACAAAGAAUUAAGUCUCGCCCCGAUAAUUGAUUGCAAGCGAUACAACAGUUACGACAAGCUCCUGCGCAUUACCGCUAUUGUGUUGAAGUUUAUAAAGCGUUUGCGAGGUGAUAUAGUGAGUAGCGGUGAUGAUAUUAUAGAUUCUGAAGACCUCAAUCGCGCGAAAGUAUUAUGGCAUCGUACAAUUCAAAAGUCGCUCGAACUAGAUAAGAAAUUUUCUGAAACGAAACGCCAAUUGAAAGUUAUUAAAGAUGAACAAGAGGUCUACCGUGUCAGUGGUAGACUAGAUAACGCACCUAUUCCGUUUUCGACAAAAUUUCCUGUGCUCUUACCGAGAAAACACUAUUUUACGGAACUUUUCAUUCGCAAAAACCACCUUAUCGUAAAGCAUAAUGGUACGAACGAAACUCUUACACAAAUACGAACUGAGUAUUGGAUUUGUAAGGGUCGCCAGACUGUGAAAACGUUGUUGUCAAAAUGCGUUCAGUGCAAAAGGUUAAUGGGAAAAUGUUACGAUACCCCCGGGCCCCCGCCGUUGCCGGGUUUUCGAGUUUCGGACGAUGUCGCAUUUUCGAACAUUGCAGUCGAUUUCGCGGGCCCGUUGUACGUCAAAAAUAUCUACUCUGAUUCAAAUGAAACACAUAAAUGCUACAUUGCCCUGUUUACGUGUGCCAGUACUCGCGCAAUUCAUCUCGAACUCACCGUUGACUUACAGGCAAACUCAUUUAUACGCGUAUUAAAACGUUUAAUCGGUCGCCGCGGUUUACCUACGCGUGUACAGUCGGAUAACGGUAAAACAUUUGUUGAUAAAAUGGUACAGAGAUACAUUUUAAGUCGCGAUAUUACUUGGAAGUUUAACUUGCCAUGCGCGAGCUGGUAUGGCGGUUUUUUCGAAAUUUUGGUGAAGCUAACGAAACGCUGCUUGCGGAAAACACUCGGUAACGCUCUUCUCACGUUCGAAGAACUGGAAACUGUGUUAAUAGAGACCGAAGGUGUGCUUAAUUCGAGACCUCUUACGUUCGUUAGCAGCGAUAUUGGGGAGGCCCCGCUUACCCCCUCUUGUCUAGUGAUCGGUCGAAGGUUGUUGGAUAAGCCUAGUAUUUCGCAAGACGUAGAACUAUCGGACACGAAACACUUAACAAAACGACUCAAAUAUCUCAAUACGUUAUUGGAACAUUUUUUCGCUCGAUGGAAGCAAGAAUAUUUACCCGCAUUGCGUGAACACGCGUGUUUGAAAAAGGGAUCGUUGAAGAGAAUCGCGCAAGUCGGAGAUAUUGUGAUUAUACAUAAAGACAAGAUCCCCCGACAGAGGUGGGCACUCGGAAAAAUUAUGCGUCUUAUUAUCGGUCAAGAUGGUGGAGUACGUGGAGCCGAACUCGUCACCAUGGACAGCGCUGGCAGAAACAUUAAUAUUAAACGACCACUGAAAAAAUUGUACCCGUUAGAAGUACAAGAAGUUCCAGAAGUCUCAGAAGCAGAACAAGACGUUCAAAUCACACAAGUUAAAGACGAAGAUGUUGCACAGUUUAUUAAAGGACUUUAA